GGUUCAAAGCUAAGUGGUGCGCCGGUGUCCACUGUUCCCAGUUCGGUUCUUAAGGAAUUUAAUUUUAAAAAGAUGGCGCAAGUAGCAGAGGACCGGCUGACAUCGGGGCACCGGCUGUCCCACCCGCCCCCUGGGGAUGAGAUCUACGUCACCGGCAUGUCAGGGUACUUCCCCGACUCAGACUCCGUGAUGCAUCUACAGGAGAACUUAUUUAACAAGGUUGACCUGAUCUCCGGAGACGCUCGCCGCUGGAAGCUCGCCCACCCAGAGAUUCCCCAGAGGACUGGCAAGAUCAAUAACGUCAAUAAAUUUGACGCAUCUUUCUUCGGCGUUCAUUACAAACAGGCGCACACCAUGGACCCCAUGUGCAGAAUACUCCUGGAGAAGGCGUACGAAGCUGUUAUUGAUGCUGGACUGAACCCCAAGGAACUGCGGAACACCAAAACUGGCGUCUUCAUUGGAGCCUGCUUUUCUGAAUCCGAAAAGACAUGGUUCUACGAGAAGAUGCAGGUCAACGGCUUUGGUAUUACUGGUUGUUCCCGCGCCAUGUUAGCCAACCGCAUCUCCUAUUGGCUCGGGAUCACCGGACCUUCUUACACUGUGGACUCGGCUUGUUCAAGCUCCCUAUACGCCUUGGAGCACGCCUUUAGAGCCAUCAGAGACGGACAUUGCGACGCGGCCAUUGUUGGCGGCUCCAACUUGUGUCUGCACCCUUAUGUAUCACUCCAGUUCUCCAGGUUGGGUGUACUAUCCCCGGACGGUCGUUGCAAAAGUUUCGACAACAACGCAAACGGAUAUGCUCGUUCUGAAGCAAUAGUCGUCUGCUUCUUGCAAAAGGCGAAAGACUCCAAGAGGGUCUACGCUCAGCUACUCCACGCCAAAACAAACUGCGACGGGUAUAAAGAGCAAGGUAUCACAUACCCGGCCGGACACAUCCAGAAACUUCUCCUGCGGGAGUUCUAUGAGGAAUGCUCCAUUCCCCCUUCGGAACUCGAGUUCGUGGAGGCUCACGGCACAGGUACCAAAGUGGGUGACCCUGAGGAGUUGCUGGCGAUCGACGAGAUCUUCGGGACGGGGCGCACAGAGCCUUUGCUCAUUGGGUCCAUCAAGUCUAACUUGGGGCACACCGAGCCUGCAUCGGGCCUCUGUUCUAUUGCUAAGAUGUGUAUAGCCUACGGCACCGGGUAUAUACCGCCGAAUCUUAAUUUUAACAAAGCCAGAGAAGGCGUGGCAGCGCUCGCCGAAAACCGUCUCCAAGUGGUGACGGAGAAGACGCCCUGGAACAAGGGCAUGUGCGGCAUCAACAGCUUUGGUUUCGGUGGCGCCAACGCCCACGUACUACUGAAGAAUGUUGGCAGAGAAAAGGUUAACAACGGUCAACCUUCAGAUGACCUGCCGCGCCUGGUCUGUGUGUCUGGUCGGACAGAGUCGGCCGUAGCCAAGAUUCUAAACGACCUAGAGUCCAGAACCGUUGAUGUUGAGGAGGUCAAGUUGUGGCAUGAUAUUCACAGCGGGGAUAUUGGUCUUCAUGUCGUGAGGGGAUACACGUUGCUAGGAUCAACUCCAACUAAGAGCGUGUGCCUUGCCCGCGAUAUCCAGUACUUUUCUGGUGUCAAGCGUCCGGUAUGGUUCGUCUACUCCGGCAUGGGUUCUCAGUGGGCCGGCAUGGCCAGCCAGCUUAUGAGGAUUCCGGUCUUUGCUGCUGCUAUCCAGAAAUGUCACAAAGCUCUCGAGCCUAAAGGCGUGAACUUGACCAAGAUCAUCACGGAGCCCAACCCCAAGAUUUACGACAACAUCCUAAACUCCUUCAUUGGCAUCGCCGCAGUUCAGAUCGGUCUCACUGACGUCUUGAAAGCCAUUGGCAUCGAGCCUGACUAUAUCAUUGGCCACAGCGUGGGCGAGCUCGGAUGCGCAUACGCAGACGGCUGCUUCACGGCGGAGCAGAUGGUGUUGGCGGCUUACUAUCGCGGCCUUGCCUCAGUCGAGACCAAGUUUAUCAAGGGAUCCAUGGCUGCUGUCGGAAUUGGUUAUACGCAGAUGAAGACCAUGUGCCCUCCUGAAAUCGAGGUGGCGUGCCGCAACGGCCCCGACUCCUGCACCAUCUCAGGUCCAGCUGACCUGAUGAAGAGUUUCGUUGAUAAGCUGACGUCACAAGGCAUAUUCGCCAAAGAAGUUCCUUGCUCGAACAUCGCGUACCACUCGCGGUAUAUCGCCGAGGCUGGUCCUAAACUAUUGAAGUACUUGAAAGAAGUGAUUCCCUCCCCGAAGGCCCGCUCCGAGCGCUGGAUGUCCACCUCUUGCCCGCAAGCCAUGUGGAAGAGUGCCAAGGCAGAGUUGUCGUCGGCUGAGUACCACACCAACAACCUAUUGAGCCCAGUCCUCUUCGAAGAGACCUCCCGCCUGAUCCACCACAAUGCCAUCACCGUCGAGGUGGCUCCCCACGGCCUGCUACAGGCCAUCCUGAGGCGGUCCCUGAAGAAGGAUGUCGUCAACGUAUCUCUAACUCAGAGGAACAACUCUGAUAAUGUCCAAGUCUUGUUCACUGCGCUUGGAAAGUUGUACGAGGCGGGUCUGAACCCACAACUGGCCAACAUUUACCCACACGUGGCGUACCCCGUGUCGACGGGUACACCCAUGCUAUCACACUUAGUGGAAUGGGAACACAGCGAGGAUUGGUACGUGACGUCAUACAGGGCUCAGGAGAAGAUGAAAUCAGGUGAAAGGACAGUAAGAAUGUCUAUUGUCGAUGAGGACAGCGAGUUUAUGGCCGGUCACGUGGUUGAUGGUCGUAACCUUUACCCCGCCACUGGUUAUCUCGUGUUAGUCUGGGAGACAUUGGGUAUGAUGAUGGGUGAACUGUUCACCGAAGUGUCUGUGGUCUUCGAGAACGUGCGAUUCCAGAGAGCCACCAAUAUCCCUAAAGACGGCUACCUGGAGUUCAUCAUCAUGAUCCAGAAAGGCAGCGGUAAUUUCGAGAUCGUAGAAAGUGGAGCGUCAAUCGUGACUGGUCGGAUCUACGCCAAGAAGAACGUGGGUCAAGACUACCGUGUGCUCCCGGCUGUGCCCGAGGUAACGGGGCCUAACAUCAAGCACAUGCUCACUAAGGACUUCUACAAGGAAUUGCGGCUGAGAGGAUACCAGUACAGUGGUCUGUUCCGCGGCGUCAUAGGCUGCAACGUGGAGGGUAGUCGCGGCCGGCUGGCCUGGGUCAACAACUGGGUGACCUUUAUGGACUGUAUGCUGCAAAUGAAGAUCAUUGGCAACGACACCAGGGGGCUUUUCGUGCCGACCAGAAUCGAGAAGCUAAGCAUCGACGCGAAUAUCCACUACAAUGCCUUGUCUAAAAUGAAUCCGGACUCUUCGAAACAUUCGUUUGAGAUAAGAGUAUAUCCUGAUGUAGAUGUGAUUAGGGCUGGUGGGGUGGAAAUCCGUGGCCUACACGCCACUCCCAUCUCACGGAGGGUACCUCUUGGAGUGCCUGUACUUGAAAAGAGCGAAUUUAUUCCUAACUAUGGCAAGAACAAGAUGAAGAUUGAAGACAUCCUUCGCGCCAACAUCCAGCUGAUACACGAGAACGUCCAAACCUACAAAGUGAAGACCAUAGAGUUGGUAGAUGAGGAGUAUAAAACGAAUUCCACAGAGCCACUCAUAGAGCAGAUAGGGGACAUCCUUGGAGACCUCCCGCUGGUGCAGGCAGAGCUUCUUCUCAUUUCUGAAGAUGCCAUCGAGAUGCCACAAAAUAUCACUGUGGAAAACAAGAAGUUGAGUGGGGAGAGCAACGUGGUUAUGUUCAUUGGAGCUAAUUUACUGAAGAGACCUGAUGUUCUAGAUCAAGCAGCUGCUACUCUUCGUGACAAAUGCUUCAUCAUCAGCCGGGAAAAGGAAUAUCCCGACCCCAAAGUACACGCAGACAAGUAUGACAUAAUCACUAUCCAAGACACUGGCGUCGAAUACCUAGUCAUGCUCCGAAAACGCAUCGGCGCUAGACCAGCUAAAUUCGUCCAGAUCGUCACAAAAGACCAAACAUUCUCCUGGAUCGAUCGAGUCAAAGAUGAAUUGAAAGAAGGGCAGAAAGUCGUCCUUUACACUCAAGAUGAACAUAUCAAUGGUCUGCUGGGUUUAGUGAACUGCCUCAGGAAAGAACCUGGUGGUGAAGUGGUGUAUGGUCUUUUGAUUGCUGAUCCGUCUGCUCCGGCAUUCAAUCCUGAUUUGGAGUUUUAUGAAGAUCAGUUAGAUAAGGAUCUAGCAGUCAAUGUUUAUCAGGAUGGUCAAUGGGGCACAUACCGCCACCUUCUCCUUGGUGAUUUGGAAACCAUUCGUGCAACUCACGCGUACGUGAACACCGUCACUAUUGGAGACUUGUCUUCGCUCAGGUGGCUAGAGGGACCACUCAGACUUGAUCAAACCUUCAAAACCCAUACCAGCAUGAUGGUGCAUGUUUACUGCUCUGCUCUGAACUUCCGAGACGUGAUGACGGCCACGGGUCGCGUCACCGUGGACGCGGUGGCUCGAGGUCGCCUUGCGCAGGAGUGCGUGCAAGGCUUCGAGAUCGUCGGCCGCACCGCCAACGGCUCCCGUGUGAUGUGCAUGUUGAGGAAUCGCGGGCACACCAACCUGGCCGAGGUGGACAAAGCCCUGACCUGGUGCAUCCCUGACGAGUGGACCUUCGAAGAGGCCGCCACCGUCCCCGUCGCUUACGGCACUGUUUAUUAUGCUAUGGUGAUGGUCGGGCAGAUCCAGCGCGGCGAGUCUGUGCUGAUCCACGCGGGAUCCGGCGGUGUCGGCCAGGCCGCCAUCAACGUGGCCCUGCACUUCGGCUGCGAAGUCUUCACGACCGUCGGCACCGCUGAGAAGAGGGCGUUUAUCAAAAAGCUUUUCCCGCAGCUGAAGGACAGUAACAUCGGCAACUCUCGUGACACUUCAUUUGAAGACAUGAUCCGCCGCGAGACCAAAGGCAGGGGUGUCGACAUUGUACUCAAUUCGCUGUCUGAUGACAAACUACAGGCGUCAGUCCGCUGUCUCUGCUACCGCGGCCGGUUCCUAGAGAUCGGCAAGUUCGACAUCAGCAACAAUACGCCCAUCGGCAUGUACUUCCUGCUCAAGGAGACCUCCUUCCACGGCAUCAUGCUGGACUUCAUCUUCGACCAGAGCUGGGAGUUCAGAAAGAGGCUGCAAGAUCUGCUCCUGACUGGUAUCGAGAGUGGAGCUGUUCGUCCCCUCACUUACACCACAUUCGAGAAACACGAAGUCGAGACUGCAUUCCGUUACAUGGCGGCGGGAAAACACAUUGGAAAGGUUAUAAUCAAAAUACGAGAAGAUGAACGCACUAACCGUCCAGUCAAGCCUUCGCCCAUGCCGGUAGAGGCUGUUCCUAGAUACAUGUGCAAUGAGGACAACGUAUACAUAGUAGUGGGGGGUUUGGGAGGGUUCGGCCUGGAGCUGGCGGACUGGCUUAUCCUGAGAGGAGCCAGGAAGGUGCUCCUCACCUCCCGACGGGGCAUCACCAACGGCUACCAGUCUUCGAGACUCAGGGCCUGGGCAGGCUACUCGGCCGAUGUCCAAAUCUCCACCCACGAUAUCACCACAGAAGAGGGCUGUGAACAAAUGCUGCUUAUGGCCAACAAAAUGGGCCACGUAGAUGCAAUUUUCAACCUUGCUGUCGUACUGAAAGACUCGAUUUUCCAAAAUCAGACUCCAGAGACCUUCCAGACAUCGUUUGGUCCUAAAGCCUUGGCGACUAUGCAUUUGGAUAAAUUCUCCAAGAAACAUUGCCCUGGCUUGAAGAAUUUCGUGGUAUUCUCUUCCGUGUCGUGCGGUCGCGGUAACGCCGGGCAGACCAACUACGGUCUGUCGAACUCCGUGAUGGAGAGAAUCUGCGAGUGGAGGAAGAAGCUGGGACUACCAGCAUUGGCCGUGCAGUGGGGAGCUGUUGGUGAUGUGGGUCUCGUUGCUGAUAUGCAAGACGAUGACGUGCAACUUGAGAUCGGAGGCACUCUGCAGCAGAGGAUAUCCUCGUGUCUGUUGGCUCUGGACAAGUUCUUGAAACAGGACGCACCUAUCGUGUCUUCCAUCGUGGUUGCCGAGAAGAAGGCUGGCGGCUCCGGAUGCGGCAACAUUGUGGAUGCUGUUGCUCAAAUUAUGGGUAUCAAGGACCUGAAGACGGUAUCGCAACAGGUCUCCCUGGCUGAGCUGGGCAUGGACAGUAUGAUGGCGGUGGAGAUCAAGCAGACCCUGGAAAGAGAGUUUGAAAUCUUCCUGACUGCGCAGGACAUCAGGACUCUCACUUUUGCCAGACUAGUAGAACUGACGGCGCAGCGUGAAGCAGCAGCGUCUACUUCGGCCGCACCAAAAGUGAGCGAAGCGGCAGCAGGACUUCGUGUGCUGAUGAGGAACUUUGGAGAUGAGAAGCUGGUGUCCGAGCCUCUCAUAUACAUGCCUACUAUGGUCAGCGACGGAGUCGAGGGCGAAGAAGCGAUCCACGUAAUGGAGAACGUGAUGUUCGUGAUGCCGGGGCUGGAGGGCUCGGCGACGGCGCUGGAGCCGCUCUGUCGCCGGCUGAAGAUCAAGGUCUGCGCGCUGCAGCUCGGCUACGAGCACAAGGGCGAGGACUGCGACAAGAUGGUCGAGAGACUGUACCAGUCGGUUAUUUCCCGUCUUGCUCCAGGAGCGCCAUUCUGGCUGCUCGGCUACAGUUUUGGUUCUGUACUAACCUUGGAAUUGGCAGCGAGACUCGAGGCACAAGGUCUCAAAGGAACCGUCUUCUGCUUGGAUGGCGCCCCCGAAUUCCUCUACGCGAUGACCACCAUGACUAUCACGUUCAAGAACGAUUUUCAACUCCAAAACAGCUUGAUCUGUCAUGUGAUCGAUAUCGUCUCCCCGAACAACGACGUCACCAAAGACUUGAUGGAGAAACUCAACGAGAUCGAAUCCUACGAUGAAAGAAUCGAAUUUGCCAUCAAACUGUCAACAGUGCAGAGCAAAUACUCACAACACUUCAUCGCUUCCAUGGCCCACAUCUGCUACGAUCGUAUCAAAGUCGUCUUGAACUACAAUGUAAAGAAUAUCAAGAAACUAAAAUCUCCUGUUGUGCUCUUACGUCCCAAAGAUAACCCACCGUUUGUAGUAUGCGAUGAAAAUUAUGGUCUUGAUAAAUUUAGCGAAAGUCCAGUCACUGUGCACUAUUUGGAAGGGAACCACGUCAGUAUAAUUGAAAACAAGGAUUGUGCUAAUAUUAUCAACAGGAUUCUGGCUAACGAAGAAGGACAGAAAGGGAAAGAAACGAGCAAUGUUGUUACUAGCAUGGUCGAGAACCAAAGAGAAAUACAAGUUUAGAGAGGUAAAUUUAAAACGGAAUAUUGCUUCGAAAACGGACACCGAAUUUAGGAUAUUGGUUCAGGUUGUGAUUUUUAUUUAUUUUCGCAUUAUUAACUGAUAGUAUAAGUGGCCGUACUUAGAACAAUCUUAGUGACUAGUUACAAGUUUUAGUAUCGAUUUAAGUUUGUCUUAAGACACCAGUACCAAAUAAAUAUUCGUCAAGAAAAUUAAAUUUAAGGGCGUACGUAGAAUUAAGUUAAUUUAUUUUUGUCUUGGUUUGUAAAAGGUCAUUAGAAUAGGUUGUGCUAAGUCUUAAUAGUCUGAUACAUUGUAAUGAAUUACAGGGUGUUGACAGUGAUGGAAAUGAUAAAUAUAUUUAUUUGUUUGCGUUUACAAAA